CCUUUUUUUUUUUUUUUCUAGGUCCACUAACAGAUUUGUUUUUAUCUUCUAGGAAAAUGAUAAGCAGGAGGAAACCUGGAAGCUUUCUGCUGCGCUGUUGAAUAUGGGAAUAUAAAAACUUUUUUAUCUAAAAUAUCCGAAUAGACAACUUCUGAAGUUAAAACUACCUGCUACACGAAGCAGCCACUUCUCCUUUCACUGUGCAUCCUGGAGGGGAAAAUGAAUUUCACAAACUGUACCACUGAAGCCAGUGUGGCUACAAAGCCAAAAACUGUAACUGAGAAGAUGCUUGUUACCCUGACCUUGGCCACAAUCACAACCCUGACUAUGCUGCUGAAUUCUGCUGUCAUCGCGGCAAUCUCCACAACCAAGAAGCUCCACCAGCCUGCAAAUUAUUUAAUAUGCUCGCUAGCUGUGACAGACCUUCUUGUUGCUGUCCUCGUCAUGCCCUUGAGUAUCACUUACAUAAUGAUAGAUAAGUGGACUUUGGGAUACUUCAUCUGUGAGAUCUGGUUGAGCGUCGACAUGACCUGUUGCACGUGUUCAAUUCUUCACCUAUGUGUUAUUGCUCUGGACAGGUACUGGGCUAUCACUGAUGCCAUUGAAUACGCCAGGAAAAGAACAGCAAAAAGGGCUGGGUUGAUGAUAGUCACCGUGUGGACCAUCUCCAUUUUCAUAUCAAUGCCCCCUUUGUUUUGGAGAAACCACCACAGUGUCAGUAUUCCCAGUGAGUGUCGCAUUCAACACGACCAUGUCAUCUAUACUAUUUAUUCCACAUUUGGGGCAUUUUACAUACCCUUGACUUUGAUCCUGAUCCUAUACUACAGAAUCUACCACGCUGCAAAGAGUCUUUACCAGAAGCGGGGCUCAAGCCGCCAUCUCAGCAACAGGAGCACCGACAGCCAAAACUCAUUUGCCAGCUGCAAGCUCACACAGACGUUCUGCGUCUCGGACUUCUCCACUUCUGACCCCACCACAGAGUUUGAUAAAAUUAAUGCAUCCGUGAGGAUUCCUCCUUUUGAGACUGACUUGGACCUGGCUGGUGACCGACAGCAGAUUUCCACCACGCGGGAGCGAAAGGCUGCUCGCAUCUUGGGACUCAUUUUAGGAGCUUUCAUUUUGUCCUGGUUACCCUUUUUCAUCAAGGAGCUGCUUGUGGGCCUCCACCUUUGCAUUGUCUCUCCAGAAGUAGCAGACUUCUUGACCUGGCUGGGAUAUGUCAACUCCCUCAUCAAUCCCUUGCUGUACACGAGCUUUAACGAAGAUUUCAAGCUGGCCUUCAGAAAGCUCAUCAGGUGUCGAGAACAUACUUAAAAGUGCUGGGAGAUGAUGAUGAUGACAUGACUCCUGGCCUUAAGAACGAGCAAAAUAAUUUGACUUUGUUACUUCCCUUGACAAAGGGGAUUUUGAUGUUUGCCUCUUUGCUUAACUUUCUUCAGCCAGUAAUUUGUUCUGCUGUUUUUUUUACCUCUGGUGUUAUUCACGGUGAAAAAUUGAAAUAAAUUUAUUCUACAAAGGAAUGGAUUUUUUUAGCAAUGAAACAGACAAAUAACAACAAGAAAAUAUUAGAUAUUCACAUUUAAGGCAUUUUGUGUAAUCAAUAAUUCAAGAAGGAAACAACAGUAUUCACAUUUCUUUUAUACUUUUUUCAUUUAAGAAUCGAAUGUCUAACUUGACGUGCACUGUAGUAAUAUAAAGGCUUGUAAGCUGAAUCCAGAAAUUCAUGUUCAAAAAUUAAUAAACUUCAUGGUCAUGACAACUAAACAGAAAUUCUUUACUGUGGCAUUUUGAGAAAACUGUAACCAUUUUUUAGAAGGAAAAUAACCACCAUUACAGCAGAAUAAGCCAUUCUAUUCUUAUCCCCACAGAAAUGCACUAUCAAAACAGAAAGCAAAGUUAAUUUCAUUCCUUCUAAAAACAGAUCUCAUUUUGUACUCCAAAGUAAUCAUUUAAGUGACCUUUUUUUUUUUCCCCAGUUUUCUGAUUUAUGUUAAAAGAAUUGGACAGAAACUGUGCAGUUUUUCUGGCAACUGAGAGAAGCUACAAGACACAGAUAGCAAGUGUCACACUUGUAAGAUCAACUGCACACCUGAAUGGUCACCUUUUUAAUACUGCUGUAAUACUGCAUUCCUUCAGGGCUCAGGCCUUGUGCCUCGGUCAGUUGUGAGGUGGCAUUAUCCAGUUUUUCCCCACUUUCCCUGGAUCUGGCAGUGCACAACCCCAUGGAUCAUCGACCUUAACCCACAGACUCAGGCAGCUGCAUGUUUUCUCAGCAGAUCAGUAAAGUAUGGUGUUCAGAAAUAUCAUCUGAAAGAAAAAGACGAAUUACUUUGUUUGAACUGCAGCAGCAGAAAAGAAAUAAGGAAAAUAACUUUUUAAAAAUAGCACACUUCAUCUUUCAAUUUGUAACAGCAUUCUUGUCACUUAACCUAUGAUCAAACCCUCUAGCGGAAUUUCUUGCUCUGGCUGUUCUCCAAGGAGUUACUUCUCUCAUCCAGAUAGAGUCCUUCAUACCCUUUCUUCUGUGUUUAUGGAAGCUAAAAUGCCUUGGCUCAAACAGUUUGGAAAUGAGGCUGGGAAGAAGCAAAAUCAAAGCUAAGAAUCUGGCACUGCCCAUUAGUACCUCCUAAAUACUGCUGAAAUAUUGAUUACUUAUCUUGCCACACAAUUUUCUUUCCUGUCCAUUUUUUUUUCUGGACAAAUUGUUUUUGAAUUAAACCAACAUACCAUAUAGAAAAUAUCACAUAUAUCACCCUGACAUGCAGUAACUGAACUGCAGCAUGGCAGCUCUAAAUCCAUCAAAACAGACAUUAGAGUGUUGUAACAGCACUGGAAGCCAAGUCUGGAAAAUGUUUUGAAAAUUUACAACACAGAGUCAUUUUUCCUAUCAAGAGUCCAGGAAUUAUAAGUAAUGUGAGUAAUAAACUCUGGAUGGAGCUGAGAAAUGACAUCCUUGUUUCUGAGGGAAAGUGUUUAGUUGGAAAGAAGUAGUUCUGCAAGCUGAGUGUAAAUCAAAUCUGAGGGUGACAAAAACAUGACCUACUGCUUACACACAUCCAGCAGGACUCUGCUUCAAGGACUACAAGUUUUCCAUACCUGGAUUUAGGAGGCUUAUCUCCAGCUGUUCUUCUGAAGCUAUUGUCACUGCUGUCACCUCCAUCUAUUUUUGGUUCCCUGAUAGUUAGCAUUAAUAUCUAAAAAGAGGGGAAAACAGUCAUCUCAACCACCGAGGAUGUCUUCCAGUGGGGAAGCCCAGAGAUCCACUAUAGUUUUUCAUUUUCACAGUUUGAUAGAGAUGGAAACUGUCCAUGAAGGUGGGGAUCCUGCCUGUCUGUGAAACUUCCAAAGCAGUCUCACGGAGUACAUGUGCUAUUAGGGAAAAAAUAACCAAAUGCCCAAAAUGGUGAGAGUGAUCUCCAAAAUAGCUGCUGCUGGUAGGGAGAAACGCUUCCAAGAGUGGCAUGAAAAUUGUAAAACAGACGAGCUGUAUCAUCUUCAUUUCUACUUAAGUCCUUCAGGUAUCUGAUCUCCACUAUUAUCACUCAGGCUACCAAAUGGUGUCAGGUUGAAGACUGUUGAAUUUUAAUAUCUAGAGAUAACGAACAGGGGAAAAAAACAGAUGGAUGGCUAAUUUUUGUGCUUCCUUCUUAAAUACUCAGCAUUCACUGUCAGCUGACUACUGCUUUUGUAGUUAAAUCAUUAGUUAAAUACAGAGCUAUGUUUUCUAACAAAUGUCACUAGACUGAUGAAGAUGUCUUUUAUGUUUUCUCCACACACAAAGCCAGGAACAGCUUAAAGGACUCUUGACUUACAACAAUUUAACUUGAUCAGAAAUUACCUGCCAUCUGAUGGAAAUAAAAACCUUUGCUAGUCCGGCACCAUUACUUGACAAUCUCAUUUUUUUUCCAUGUUAAGAAUUUGUGGAUUUUAUGAAAGGUUUGGACAUUUCCCAAGCUUAGACUCUUUUUCCAUGGAAACUCCCCAUUUAUUCCUAUCCUAGGUUAAGCCACACCAUGGCCUGCAAUGCAAGCUCUUCCCAGCAAGUUCCUAAUGAAACAUCCAAGACCUUCACCAGAUACACUUUCCUUAGCCACUCUGAAAUAUCUUUUCUCCCCAAAGUCUUAUUUUUCCUAAAGAUCCACUUACCCAUUUCCUAGCUUUUUUCCUAUCAUCUCCCUCUAAAGGUCUCUUCCCAAGCCCAUCCCCAUUCUCAACAUAGGCUACAUAUACUUGCUUGUAUAACCCCUCUUCUCCUUCAUACUUAUUUUCCCUUAUUUUACACUCCCAAUUUCCCAUCUCUCCAUUAAGUUUCUGAUUCUUUAAUCCCCAAAUUUAUUUUUCUCCUGCUGGAGUAAGGCCCUAAACUCUGCUUCUGUCUUAUCUCUAUUUCAGUGCUGCUAUCAGCUUUCUUGUGAGUUGGAUAUUCAAAUCUGCUGCUUUUUACUAUCUCUUACAUGUGCUCCACAAUUCCAGAGCAUAUUCUCUCUAUGUCAGCAGACAGUUCUUUGGAGCAAGUUCAUAUGUCCCUAGUCCCAUUGAGCCCCUUUGAGAAUGGGGAUUCUCCACCACAGUGAUGCACUGAGUUGUUUGAAGCACAUGAGAUUUAUGUUGUUGAUCUUCCUGUAUGCAGAUGGAUGAUGGAAUUGAACUCUCCAAAAUAAUUUAAAACAAAGUUUCACCAAGUGUAUACUGAAAGGGCUGUCACUUUUUGCAUUUUACUGCUACGUGUGUGAACUGCACAGUUUUUCAUAGUUGCCACUUCUUUUUUUUUUUUUUUUUUUUUGUUACUGCCAGCACAGUCUGUCCUUUGCAUGUACCAAAAGGAAACAAAAAAACAUAGCUUUAUUUGUCACGAGAUGCUAAAAGAACAAAGGAAUCUUUUCUAAUGACUCUUCAUGCUUCUCCAUUUUCAACUCCAGUCAUCAAAAAGUAAACAGGAUUGCAGCACUGGGAGGAAAAACAGGCUUCCAGCACAAGUGGAGAGAUUGUUCUUGUGCCUUGUGUCCUCUCAUUAACCAUUGAAAAUAUCAAUGAUGGACUGUUUGAUGUUCAUCUUUUACACACCCAAAUGAUUUGUAUGAGAAAUUAUCUUAAAUUGCUUUGUUGUUUAAGUGGACAUAGAUAUUGUGAUAUCUUUUAUUGGUGUAGCCAAUAUAUUACAAGUUGUAUUUCAUAAGAGUCCCAUGCAACACACAUAUUAUCUUUGUAACUGCUAUCUGUUUACUCUUCAGGCCAAAAAGAAUAAAAUUUUAUAAAAUGAUAUGAGUUCAGAUAAAUGCCAGCUUUAUCAGCUGUAAAAAUACUCUUUAUCAUUUUCUAUUUUCUAUUUUGUACAUAAUAUUGCCAGCAUUUCUCCCUUAUUCCUCUACCACUGCCAGGGGAUUUUUACUUUUUCAUUAUUACAUGUAGAUGAUUUUAUAUAUAUUGCCUUCAGUAUGGUGAAAUUAUUCCUUUUCACCCGGUCUAACGCAACCAUUUGCUACUUUUGAAUUAAAAUAAACUAGAAAUUAUAGCCUGCCAUGCCUGUCAGCCCUGGAGAACACCUUACAACAUUCCUCAUGGUUUAGUAUGGCCUUGCCCAAGUGUACAGUCCUUGCAUUACAGAUUCUUCCUCAGUGUGUCGGGGAAGAACUCCACUUAUUUCCAUGAACAUUGAAUCAGCCCUUAAAUGUAAACUUUCAGUAUUGCUCCUGUAGAAGAAGCAACCAUGAGUAACCUGUGCGAAAAAAAACAUACACUAGCAAAUGUUACAAGCCUCUGAUUAAAAGAUAAAAUAUUUUUUUAACCAUUUUUUCCUUUUUAAUCACUUUGAUUUCCUCUUCAUCUUACCACUCAAGAGCUGUGUGUAUGUGGCACUGGGGGACAUGGUUUGCAGGCAUGGUAGGGAUGAGCAGACAGUUGCACUAAGCAAUCUCAGAGGUCUUUUCCAACCUUAAUGCAUCAUCAAUUCCUUUUCCCCCCGUUCCUUAUCUCCCUUCCCUGCCUUCCCACUACAGCCUUUCUCUGCACCACAGUGGCAUCAAGUAACAUGCAGCAAGCAGCAAGGCCACCUUGGGCUGUGCUAACACACAACAUCACUAUGCUCUUAGUUUUAGGAAUUCAGGCUGCAGACACUGUUCCGUGGUACUGCUCUGCACAGCCUCUGCUCACAUUUCAUUGCAGCUUCACUACCAAUCAGAUAUCUAACAUGCAUCAGGAUUCUUUCAAAUGAAGGAUACUAAAUAAUACACUAUGGUGGCUUCACAUGCACCAUGAUUUUUAAGAUCUCUUUUUAAUUAUUCAUUCAUUACACCUCUCCCACAGGGCUUCUAUCUAUAGAAACUGCUGCCAUGGUCAGUAUAGCCCCCAGAUGUCAUAAGCACUGUUGGAAAUGCUCCCCUCCUCUCUGUGUAUUUUACCUUUUUCCAAUUGCUUGCACUGCACUCUUAAAAUACAUUAGCAUAUAGAUCAGCUCUCUGAAGUUUUCAUGGAUUAAUUUCCUGCAUGACAAAUUCUCACCCUCAUUUCUGUCUGGUGCAAGGUCCCACGUCACUGGGGUACUCCAAUCUUCUGAAGUUCUAUGAGUGCAAUACUCAUUUCACAUACAACAUGAGUGCAGAUGGACACAUUUCCGUGAGGUGAGGCACAAAGCGUUGUCUCCUUGAAAGUACACUUUAUAAAAGAUGCAUGUUUUGUCAAUUAAGAAAUGAAAUAUAACUUCUGGAAAGAGGGAGGACUGAAUUCAUACUCCUCUGUAAACAGCUGGUUUGAACACAAUCUGAAAUGACUCAACUUCUGAUUAUUAAUUUUAAAGGAAUACUAGGAAUACAAACUUGAAAUCACAGGUGUGUGCCUGAAUUGCCAGAAAUAAGCAGAGUGACCUUCCAGUUGUUUUCACAAACAACGUAACUAAAGCCUUCCACAACAGCCUCUUCAGGGGAAUAGGAAGUUUCACACAAACGACUUCCACUCCUGUGACACCGCCAGAAAUAAUCUCUAUCAUCUGUAGGAGGCACAAGUGAUGAGCUGCUAGAGUACUGGGAUAAGCCUCAACAAGCUUAUCUAAUAAAUACACAGCCAGGUUAACUCCUCCAGCUUGAGAGUUUUUAAAUUGAAGAAUUAGACCACUAAAAUCAAGUGUAUCUCCUACACCUUUACUUUCAUUUAUACAUAUUCCAGUGCAAUGUCUCAUUCUUUUAUUGCUAAAUCUCUAUUUAAGAAAUAAAAGGAAUCACUUUUUAAACAUGGAAUAACAAGAAAACAUUGUAUCACUUAUCUUUGCUGUUUCAUCAGAACUUUUCUGU